AGCGGCUCGCAGCUUGAAAGCUUCUACGACGUAUCUUGACAGGUGAAAGCGUCUUUCCAAAGCUUCAUGGCAGCUAUGGCGCUGAAGAAGAUUCUUCUCCUGGUCGGCGUGCUGCAGGUCGCGACGCAGUACUAUUCUGCGUCCAUGCGGCGUCUUCAGGAGAGCGGUGUGGAUGUGGCUCAGUUGGCCAGCGACUUUCACAAGGCUUGUCAACGUGGUGAUCAGGAUGCCGCCAGCGCUUUGCUCCUCAAAGGUGUUGACGUGAAUGAUGUGUCGGCCUCUGGCCCAGAAUGGAGCGCCCUCGCGCAAGCUGUGAUCCGCAAGGACACGACCAUGUGCACUUGGCUUUUGUCGAAAGGGGCCAGUCCUGACACCCCAGACCGUCGCGGCCGCACGCCGCUCUACCAUGCCGUGAGCAACCAGCUGUCUACAGUGGUCACUGAGAUGCUGAGGACCGCUAAGGACUUGAGUCCCAGCGAUGGCGAUGGCAUCGACUUGCUCACACGCGCAGUUUGGGUGGGCAACGCGGACAUCGUGAAGAGCUUGUUGGCCUCGGGCGCCUCCUCCGAAGCCGCCCAGUUUGCGGCUCAGUCGGCACCCACGGCGAUCGCUUUGCUCUUCGGGCACUCGGGGGUGACGAAGCCCUCCCCAGCACCAGCUGUGGCGCCCACUCCGGCACCUGCCGUGGUCCCCGCUCCGGCGCCGGUGACGGAGACGGUGGAGACCCCGGAGGAGGCGGAGACUCCCGCAGAAACCGUGGAGGCUCCAUGAGACCAAGGCGAACUCGCCUCCGUGUGGAGGAGAUGGAACUCCGCUGACACGCGGCGUUUUGUGGCACGAAGAUCACAGUACUGAUCCUGGCCUCCAUGAAAGAAUACCAUACCACGGGAGAAUCGCACAUCCAAUUUCGCACAUGUUAGUUGUGUUUCUUACUGGUAGUUUGAUGGUGAGGGAUCCAGAUGUUCAACACCUACUUUUGUGGACCCGCGGGGGC